AUGAAAUUUUCAUUGCUCUUGCGAGUACGAGGCGUUCUAAAAUUUAGAGGAUAUUUAUUUACGAAAGAUUUUGCAACAUUUUCUGUUAUCACCAGACAAGGAGGAAAUAAUUUUCUGAGAUUUAGUAGCUGUGGAGAUGUUGUUAGACCUUUUCUUCUUAGAGCAACCGAUAAAAGCAGCGAGGAACAACAGUCUGAUAAAAAGUCGGGACAAGAUGGAACAAGCAGCGCAGGAUGGAGCAGUGGAAAUAUUCCAAAUUGGCAAAAGAUCGCUAUUGUUGCUGGUGUCAUCAUCGGCCUAAAUGUUCUCUUUUCACAAAUAUCAUAUAAGGAGAUCUCGUGGAAGGAAUUUUGUUCUGACUUUUUAUCACAAGACAAUGUACUACGUCUAAUAGUUUAUGACUCUAGAUGGGUUCAAGUUGUGCCUAAGCAUUCUGCUCAGUACACUUAUUUCUUCAAUAUUGGAAGCGUAGAAAGUUUUGAGCGGAGUUUGGCCGCAGCUCAACAACAUUAUGGACUUCCUCCCGAACAGCAAAUUUCUGUUUUGUACAAAACUGAAGUUGAUUGGGGGCACGUCAUACCUUCUGUUUUGAAUUUUAUUAUAAUGAUUGCGAUUCCUCUUUUUAUUUUCCGCAGUUUUUUUCGAAGUGGAAUGACAGGCAAAAAGGGACGAGGAGGUAUGCCUGGACCGAUGGGAAAUCUUUUUGGCUUCUCACAAUCAACUGCUAGAGUUAUUAACAAAGAAGAUAUAAAAACAACAUUUAAAGACGUGGCUGGUUGCGAAGAAGCAAAAAUUGAAAUUAUGGAAUUUGUAAAUUUUUUGAAGAAUCCUCAACAAUAUCGGGCGCUUGGUGCAAAAAUUCCAAAGGGUGCUCUUCUGACUGGUCCACCAGGAACUGGCAAGACUUUGCUUGCCAAAGCAACUGCAGGAGAGGCAAAUGUACCUUUCAUCACUGUUUCUGGCUCAGAAUUCCUUGAGAUGUUUGUUGGUGUUGGCCCUGGACGUGUGAGGGAUAUGUUCGAAAUGGCACGAAAGAAAUCACCUUGCAUUCUUUUUAUUGAUGAGAUUGAUGCUAUUGGGAAAAAACGAGGUGGUCGCUCUUCUAUUGGGGGACAUUCUGAACAGGAAAAUACUCUCAAUCAAUUACUCGUGGAGAUGGAUGGGUUCUCAACUGAAGAGGCCAAUGUUGUAGUAAUCGCAGCAACAAAUCGAUCAGAUGUGUUAGAUCCAGCACUUAUGCGGCCUGGACGCUUUGACAGACAAAUUUUUAUUCCUGUCCCGGAUAUCAAAGGGAGAGCUUCUAUUUUCCGUGUUCAUUUAAAACCGAUAAAGACUAGUCUGGAUAAAGUGGAAUUAUCAAGAAAACUAGCUGCUCAUACACCCGGAUUCUCAGGAGCUGAUGUUGCAAACGUUUGUAAUGAGGCUGCAUUAAUCGCUGCUCGUGAUGCUCAUGAUGAAGUGACUGCAAAGGAUUUUGAAAAGGCCAUUGAAAGAGUUGUUGCUGGAAUGGAAAAGAAAAGUCAAGUGCUGCAACCUGACGAGAAAAAGACAGUCGCCUACCAUGAAGCUGGACAUGCAGUUGCUGGAUGGUUUUUGGAAUUUGCUGAUCCGUUAUUAAAAGUCUCAAUAAUUCCGCGUGGCAAAGGACUUGGAUAUGCUCAAUAUAUGCCAAAAGAUCAAUAUCUUUAUUCUAAAGAGCAACUGCUAGACCGUAUUUGUAUGACAUUGGGAGGGCGCGUAUCCGAAGAAAUCUUUUUUGGAAGAAUAACUACUGGUGCACAAGAUGAUUUGCAAAAAGUCACUCAAAUCGCAUAUGCGCAGAUUGUCAAAUUUGGAAUGAGCGAGAAGGUUGGCCCAAUUUCCUUUGACACGCCUCAGCCUGGAGAGAUGGCCUUUGACAAGCCAUACUCCGAAGCAACUGCUCAACUUAUUGACCAAGAAGUGCGUGAUAUGGUUGGAAAUGCAUUGAGACGUACACGCGAUUUGCUAAUGUCCAAAGUUGAUUUAAUUGAAAAGGUUGCGCUCAGACUUUUAGAAAAGGAAGUGAUUGCACGUGAGGAUAUGAUCGAGUUGUUAGGCCCACGUCCAUUCCCUGAAAAACAUACUUAUGAAGAAUUUGUAGCUGGUACUGGUGGAAUGGACGAAGACACUUCUCUGCCAAAAGGUCUCGAAUCAUGGAAUAAAGAGAUGGAAACAGAUGAAAAAAAGAGUGGAAACAAAAAGAAGGAAGAGGAGAAAGCUGCUAAUAAGAAUUGAGAACGUGCUUUAUUUAUCUGUUUUCACAAAUUGUCUCAAAAUUUGUCUUAGAUUUUGUUAUGUUUUUUUGUUUUUAAUUUAAAAUAUUUUCCCCUCAUAUUUUUCAUUUCAAAACAUGUCAACCAAAUCUUUGGCAUAUCUCAAAACUAUUUUUUAAACCCCCAUUUUCCUUCACGACUCGCUUUCUAUUUUGACUAUCCUUUCGUUUUCUCAGUACUCGCUCUUUAUUUAUAAACAGUUGCAGUGGAUAGAUAAUAGGAGAGAGUCUGGGUACGAAACAAGACUCCGACGUCCUUCCCAACCAAGCGCCCCUUUUUCAUAUCG